CAUACACUACCUCUCUAAUCUUCCCAACCUUCCACUCCAAAGCAAACAAAUCGCAACCAUGCAAUUCUCUCAGCUCCUCCUGGCCACCCUCUUCGCCGCGCCCGCGGUCCUCGCUGCUCCCGUUGCCGGAGUCUCCAUGAUGGCCGCCGGCCCUGAGUGGACUAUCCAAAACAUGAAGCGCGUCUGCGCCUCCAACGAUUCCUCCUGCACCUGGACCUUCGGCAUCUACCCCGGCUCGGGAGCUGCUACUGCCUGCACGUACGUGGUGACUGCCAAUACUGCCUCUCAGGCCAACGGCGGCCCCUCCUCGUGCGGCGACUACACCAUUACCUCUGGCUGGAGUGGCCAGUUCGGCCCUGGCAAUGGCUUCACCACCCUCUCCGUUGUCAACGGCAAGACUCGCCAGAUCAUCUGGCCCGCCUACACCGACAAGCAGCUUGCUGGUGGCAAUGUCGUCACACCCGAUCAGAGCUAUGCUCCUGCUGCUCUUCCCUAAAUAAGAAGACCCAUCAACUCAGAAUGGGGUUGGCGAGAUCCGGAGGGCCCCACCGAUAAUCAUUCGGUUGUGGCGUCCGACUUUGGAUUGAGGAUUCCAUAAAUCUGGAAGUGUACAUAAUCAAUGACCCUGCCAAAGCCUAGCUCACUGCAUUAAUAUAUCCACGAAAAAUCCGAUGCA